AGCAGCUAAUCCUCACAGACCUGUAGGAGCUGGAGCAGGAGCACCGAGAGCACGAUUCUUCCGAGUCCCUGGCAUCCCCUGAAGCUUCAACUCUGGAGGCAAUGGGUCGAAAGGAAGAAGAUGACUGCAGUUCCUGGAAGAAACAGACUACCAACAUCCGGAAAACCUUCAUCUUCAUGGAAGUGCUGGGCUCAGGAGCCUUUUCUGAAGUUUUCCUGGUGAAGCAAAGGAUGACUGGGAAGCUCUUUGCCCUGAAGUGUAUUAAGAAGUCACCUGCCUUCCGAGACAGCAGUCUGGAGAAUGAGAUUGCUGUGUUGAAAAAAAUCAAGCAUGAAAACAUCGUGACCCUGGAGGACAUCUACGAGAGCACCACUCACUACUACCUGGUCAUGCAGCUUGUUUCUGGUGGGGAGCUCUUUGACCGGAUCCUGGAGCGGGGUGUCUACACAGAGAAGGAUGCCAGUCUGGUGAUCCAGCAGGUCUUGUCAGCAGUGAAAUACCUCCAUGAGAAUGGCAUCGUCCACAGAGACUUGAAGCCUGAAAACCUGCUGUACCUCACGCCUGAAGAGAAUUCUAAGAUCAUGAUCACAGACUUUGGUCUAUCCAAAAUGGAACAAAGUGGUGUCAUGUCUACUGCUUGUGGGACCCCAGGUUAUGUGGCUCCGGAAGUGCUGGCCCAGAAACCCUACAGCAAGGCUGUGGAUUGCUGGUCCAUUGGCGUCAUCACCUACAUACUGCUGUGUGGAUAUCCCCCUUUCUAUGAAGAAACAGAGUCUAAGCUUUUUGAGAAGAUCAAAGAGGGCUAUUACGAGUUUGAGUCUCCGUUCUGGGACGACAUUUCUGAGUCAGCCAAAGAUUUUAUCUGUCAUUUGCUGGAGAAGGACCCAAAUGAGCGGUAUACCUGUGAGAAGGCCUUGCGGCACCCCUGGAUUGAUGGAAACACAGCCCUGCACAGGGACAUCUACCCAUCAGUCAGCCUCCAGAUCCAGAAGAACUUUGCCAAGAGCAAGUGGCGGCAAGCCUUCAACGCGGCUGCCGUGGUGCACCACAUGAGGAAGCUGCACAUGAACCUGCACAGCCCAGUCAUCCGCCCAGAGCUGGAGAACAGACCGCCAGUUUCGCCAGUCCUGGAGACCCUUAGACCCAACUCCCCUGAGAUCACCAUCACCGAGGCUCCAGCCCUAGAUCAGAGCGUGGUCCCCACUGCAUUGACCCGGCUACCCUGCCAGCACAUCCCCCAGCCCACGGCACCUGGUGGCAGGUCCCUUAACUGCCUGGUCAACGGCUCCCUCCGCAUCAGCAGUAGCCUGGUACCCAUGCACCAGGGGCCCCUGGCCACUGGGCCCUGUGGCUGCUGCUCCAGCUGCCUGAGCAUUGGGAACAAAGGGAAGUCCGCCUACUGCUCUGAGCCCACACUCCUCAAAAAGGCCAACAAAAAACAAAACUUCAAGUCAGAGGUCAUGGUGCCAGUUAAAGCGAGUGGCAGCUCCCACUGCCGGGCAGGGCAGACUGGAGUCUGUCUCAUUAUGUGAUCCCUGGAGCCUGUGUCUGUGUCACUGUAACUUCCAGGAGAGAUGUUCCACUCUUCUUUGUCCUUCCAAACCUGGCGUCUUCCCGGCAGAAGGAGGAAGAGAGAGCAGGCAGAGCAGAAUUCAGCAGAAGCACUAGCCUGCUGCUGCCCAGGGCAGGCCCUCGCAGGAGGCCCAGGAGGGAGCCCGGAGGCACGGAGGCCUUGUUGACACCGUGAGCAGGAGGAGUGGCAUCCACGGCUCCCAGGUCUCCUUGACCUGCCUGCUCCGUGCCCCCACACCCUAUGUGCGUGGCUCUGCGCAGUGUACCUAGAUAGCGCUCGCCUGGGUCUGUGUUGUACAUUGUGAAAAGCUUAACGGGCUGGCUAGGCUGUGCCAGCUUUUCCGAGCAAAGCCAUAUGGAGCAUCCACCAGACCCCGCUCUGCACACACACACUCCCACGUCUCAGGCCUCUGUCCUCAAGGCCAGGAUGGGCUCUCUAAUGUAGAGGCUUGCCCAUCUGCAUGACUGACAGGCGCUGCUGGGGUCUGCCUGUGAGUGCACCAAACUUUAAUCCAUGCACAGAGACCCCGGUGCACUUCAGCUCUCUCCUUUCCCACCUCAGUCUAAACAGUCACCAAGGUAGAAGAGACAGAAGCCCAAGACUGGAGGGAGGGCCAGAAGCCAUCUUGCCACUUGCCUUCCACACACACCCAAUGAAGGAAACAGAAGUGACUAUUUUAAUUUCAGCAAGGAAUUCGGAUGCUGCCACUGUACCCCUUUCUCUCUCUGCAAGGCAGGCACGUUCUUGUUUUCCCCCAGGUUUCUUGCUCCCAACCCUCUCCAGCUUUAUGCUUGGUGUUGUGCUCAAUAAAAUGGACAUAUUUUUCUCUAUGAAGCUUCAUUUGGUUCUUUCGGAGUCACAAGCAGCUCAGGGACCAUUUGGGAGGGAAGCCUGGGAGUGGGUAGAAACCAGCUAGUGCAGGUGACUGGAUUAAGAGCAUGCAGAGGGCCAGGCACCUCGCAAUAUGAUUAAUUCCAUUUGCUCCUUGCCACAGCCCCUUGGGGUAGGUUCUGUUGGAGCCUGGGCGGUUUGGGUCCAAGAUCCGUUCUCUUAACAACUGCACUAAAAGAGCACGAGUUCGAGGUCCCACAUUGCCCUGCCACAUCUGCCACCUUGAGUGGGUCACUGAGCCUUCCCUUCCAUGCUCUGCUUGCUUGUCCCACAGGAAUAACGGUGCCACCUGCAUCAUGAGAUGACAUGAACGAUGUGCCCAAUAUAACUGAAGUGACUAAGGAUGGUUGAGAAGUUCAUGCAUAAGCACCUAGCACAGUGCUCGGCCAUGCUCGGCACACGUGUUCACGCCAGGCUCUUGCCCACAUGCACACAUACACCUGUUUACAGCUUCACUUUGAGAUCCCAAGACACAGGUUCUGGCCUUAGUCCUUCCUUGGGGACUUGUGUGCAUUUGGAUAUGCGACUUCCCUUCUCUGAUUUCUAGGUCUUCAUCUGUGAAUGAGAAGAAGCUGGAUCGCUGUUCAAGGGGAAACAGCUCUCUAGUCUCUCGAAAACAGAAUCCAUCAGGUCCUGGGGCAGAGGCCCUGCGGCCCCUAAGUUUGGGAGCAUGCCAGCUGGACUGAGCGAAGUAGGGCAUCCU